UUUCCAUCCCCCUCUCUCUCUCGCUCUCUCGCUCUCUCGCUCUCUCGCAUAUCUGCAAUGGAAUCAAGCGAGCCUGAAAACGAGAUAGACCAUGAAUUCCUUCCCUACGUUCGGGUAUACAAAGGCGGACGCGUAGAAAGGCUUGUACACACCAAUUUUAUUCCACCCUCCCUCGAUCCCCAAACUGGUGUUUCAUCCAAAGACGUCGUAAUUUUACCAAACUCCGGCGUCUCCGCCCGUCUCUACCUCCCCAACCUCACCCACAUCAACCACAAGAAGCUUCCCUUACUCAUCUUCAUCCACGGCGGAGGCUUCUGCGUUGGCUCUGCCUUCACUUCCAAAUACCACCACCUCUUGAACUUCAUAGUCGCUGAGGCAAACGUUAUCGCUGUCUCUGUAGACUAUAGACUUGCCCCAGAGCAUCCCAUCCCAGUAUGCUAUGACGAUUCUUGGGCUGCCCUUCAAUGGGCUCUUUCCCACUCUUCGUGUCAGAGAGAUGAGGAGGACCAGACCGAACCAUGGCUGACGAACCACGCAGACUUCGACCGGGUUUUCUUGGCUGGUGACAGUGCUGGUGCCACUAUCGCCCACGACUUGGCUAUGAGAGUGAAGGCCGAGCUGGGUGUGGAAUUUCUUGGACUUGCUCUGCUCCACCCUUUUUUCUGGGGGUCAGAGCCCAUAGGGUCCGAGUCUACACAGCCCAACAAAAAGGUGUUUGUGGACCGGAUCUGGCCUUAUGCGUGCCCAUCGAGCCCGGACAAUGAUGACCCAAGGAUCAACCCGGUGGCAGCCGACGGUCCGAGCCUGGUGGGGCUUGGAUGCACUCGUGUGCUUGUGUUUGUGGCUGAGAAGGAUAUUUUGAGAGAUAGAGGGUGGCUUUACUAUGAAGUAUUGGCCAGGUGCGGGUGGAUGGGAGUUGUGGAGAUUACAGAGACAGAAGAGGAGAACCACGUCUUCUUUCUCCACGAACCAGAAUCCGAGAAAGCUAGGGACUUGUUUACACACUUGGCUCUCUUCUUGAGUCUGGAAAGGCCGCCCUUAGCGUGACCAUCGUUCUAAUUA